AUGAGACGUCCUGACACUCCAAAGGUGGUCUCUGUUUCUGAAAUUUCUGUGAAGAGUGUCAUGCCUGCUAAAUGUCAUGUUAUCUACAGGAAGAUCUCCCAUGACAAAGCUGUUACGAUCUACAUAGGUCAGCGAGAUUUCAUUGACCAUGUAGGUGGUGUGGAACCAGUAGAUGGUGUGAUAUUGGUGGAUCCUGAUAUUGUCAAGGAGAAAAAAGUGUAUGUGACACUCACUUGUGCUUUUCGGUAUGGGCAAGAAGAUAUUGAUAUUAUGGGCCUGACUUUCCGGAAAGACCUAUAUUUUUGUAGGGUCCAGGUAUUCCCAUCACUAGAAAAACAAAGACCACUCUCCAACUUGCAGGAAUGUCUAAUCAAUAAGCUGGGGGGAAAUGCAUAUCCCUUUCUGUUAACUUUUCCAGACUAUCUGCCUUGCUCAGUCUGCUUGCAGCCAGCUCCCCAGGAUGUCGGGAAGUGCUGCGGGGUGGAUUUUGAGGUUAAAGCUUUCUCGACAGAAAAUGAAGAAGAGAGGGUUCUCAAGAGGAACUCUGCGCGCCUGCUGAUCCGCAAAGUCCAAUAUGCCCCAGAAGUGCCAGGGCCCCAGCCUCAUGCAGAGAGCAGCUGGCACUUUUUCCUGUCAAAGAAUCCUUUGCACUUGAAGGCAUGCCUAAGCAAAGAGGUCUUUUACCAUGGUGAGCCAAUCCCUGUCAUGGUGACUGUGAUCAACAAUACUGAAAAAGUGGUUAAGAAGAUCAGUGUGUCAGUGGAACAAGUUGCCAAUGUGGUACUGUACUCCAGUGAUUUCUACACCAAGACGGUAGCUCUGGAAGAGGCAAAGGAAAAGGUACAGCCAAACUGCAUCCUCUCAAAGACAAUGACAAUUCUGCCUUUGCUAGCAAACAAUCGAGUGAAGCGGGGCAUUGCGCUGGAUGGGAAGUUAAAAGAUGAAGACACUAACUUGGCUUCCAGUACCAUUAUCAAAGACGGAAUAGACAAGACAGUUCUGGGGAUCCUGGUUGCUUACAAGAUAAAGGUGAAGCUCACUGUCUCAGGCCUGCUAGGAGAUUUUACUUCCAGUGAGGUGGCUAUGGAACUUCCCUUCCGGCUCAUGCACCCCAAGCAAGAGGAGGUAAGCACAACAGGAAAGGAAAGGGACCAAGAUGACCUCAUGUUUGAGGAGUUUGCUCGUCAGCAGCUGAAAGAUGAGAAUGAGGACGAUAAGGCGGGCUCUCCAAAGGAUGAGUGA